AUGGAUGUCUUGCAGAAAUUCUCUAUGCAGGAAUGUCACGGUGACUUUACACCUUUGUCUUCCACAAGUUCACUUCGAUUGAAUAAUGGCUCCUCUUCUACAGAUGCAUCACAAUAUCGAAGUGCAAUUGGCAAACUCCAGUACCUUGCAUUUACUAGACCCGACAUAUGUUUUGCUGUCAAUAAGCUCUCCCAAUUCAUGCAUCAACCAUCUCAUACACAUUGGAAAGCAGUGAAGCGCAUCCUUUGGUAUCUCAAAUCAACUAUCCAUCACGAACGUCUUUUUCGUCGUGACUCGACUACUACCAUCAAUGUCUAUCCCGAUGCCGAUUGGGCAGGUGACCAAGAUGAUCGCACCUCUACUUCUGCUUAUGUUAUCUAUCUUGGUUGGUCGUCAAAGAAACAUAGAACAGUUGCACGAUCUUCAACGGAGGCUGAAUAUCGUGCUGUUGCUAAGACAAGUUGGCUCACCAAUCUAUUUAAAGAGCUUCGGAUUUCUCUUGAGGAUGUACCAACUAUCUAA